GCAUGCGUCCAUAAUGCCGCACAUCCACGCCGUCCUGAUCAACAUUCAUAGCCACAUUUCACGACUCCAUCAAGCAUGCUUUGGCGCUAGGGGCGGGGUACUGCCCGAGCACGCCCGUUACCGUGUGACUUCUUGGAGAGAUCGCAGCUUAUCCUCCGUGUUCAACUCCUGCGACUUACGCCCAACGUCUAAGCUGAUCAGAAUGCGGGUGACAUUACUACGAUCAUAUAGUCUGGCGGGGCGGAAGAGCCGUACGAUGUCUUCGGUCAACCCCGAGGCGCAGGCCAUGCAGACAAGCGACAAAGUCGAGCUCCUGGACUCACGAACUGCCGACCCCCCUGUCGCCCACCGGUGUCUCAUCAACGACAUGUUGCCCACAGAGCUAUUGGACAUAAUCUUUGGGAUUCUGAAUGAUGCCGGCUGGUCGCUGUCAGCAUGUACCCUGGUCUGCAAGCUGUGGCGCCAUCUCUCUUGCCGCCGUUUCUUCUCUGCCGUCAUGGUCAGGGGAGAAAGCGAACGAUUCGCUCAUUUUUGCGCUACCCACCCUCAGCUUGCGAGCUGCAUCCAGGAGCUGCGCUGCCAUAGGUUCUCCGUCACUACCCAGCGCUCUCUCAGCGACUUCAUCGCCCUCACAUCAAUACUGCCCUCCCUAACCAACCUACAAACACUCUGUAUCACCGGUUCCCACCACAGAGAGCCUUGGCCACUUGCGAACGCGAGACAGCCUCCGGUCCAACUGAAGAAGCUCGUGCUCCAUCGGUGCAGUGGCAUCUCGUCCAUCUUCCCGUUCCUGCUCACCGCGUUCGACGUGCACUGCAUGGAGCUCAUCGACUUGCAAGACCCCAAGCCUAUCUUGCUGGUCGGCCUUCAUAGGCAGACGUUCGAGCUCGCUCAGCUAAUCAUCAACGACAACGUGCGCUCGUCCGUAUGGUACGGUCUUUUAGAGCGCGUGCUCAAUCCGGGGACCUUGACGGCACCCGCCGUAGGCUGCGGCACCACGGACGACCUUCGGGAGCUGUGCACCUUUCUAUCCUCCGCAGUUGCUCCGAACCUCCAGAACAUCAGUCAAACGUUCGCAGGCUUCGGGUCCGCGCUGGCGAGAUGUUGCGUGCUCGAGUACCUCUCUAUCGGCGUCAAGGACAACGGCAGCGUCCGCGCCUCCAGAACGACCUUCUUCGCACCCGUCCUUGCACCAAUUAGCGCGCAGCGCUCGCCCCCACCUCUCCGUGCGAUCUGCAUUCGUCUGUGGACGAGGAUACCUGUCAAGUAUCUGGCAUUGGACGACCCGCUCUCUCCCGCGCGGUCGCUGGACUUCGACAGCCUGGAUGAGCUGCUCUCCGCUCCGGCCGGGAUCUUUGCUCGUCUCGAGAGCAUCACGCUGGAGAUCGUGACGGACAACUGGGGGUUGGGGGUGCAGCCAGAGGUCACACUGCACAAGGGGUUGCUUCGUCGAAUCCGAGACGCUGGCUUGCUAAAAUCCGUGCACAGCCCCCGGGCUGAUUGGUACUCGGGGAACGGGCCUCCGGUACAAGACCGUCUGGGUCGAGUACCCGCUCUGCAAAAAGGUCGGCGCGACUCCGCAGAGAAACGCCGUGAUGGCACCCCGCUGUACACCCUGCCCGUCAUCCACGACCCAAGCACAGGCGCGAGCGUGUCCGAUUCCGCCGCGAUCGUGCGCUACCUCCACAAGACCGUGACGCACCCCGAUAUCCCCAUGCUCAUCCCGCCGCACUUGGAUGGGCUGAACGCCGCGCUCGAGGGCGCGUUCUGGUCGGUGCUCGAGCCAGGAUAUGGGUACACCAUCUGCGCCGCAAUGUACGCCGCACUCCUGGAGAGAAGGCAGUCAUUCUUCCGUCAGAGGUGGGACAAGAUUUCGUGA